AUGGACUACAAGUGGGUGAUGUAUGCCAUUAAGAACUAUGAGUCCCUCUGCUACGAUCCUCUGCACUCCAUCCUGAGCCACUCGGCCACCCACAGGUUUUCCUUGGGUUCCCUGCUGCUCUCCUCCGCCUGUAUGAGAAGAGGCAGCGGGGAUCGGAGGAGAAGUGAAGCGCUGAAGCCGGCGGGGGGGCAAAGAGAGAGCUGUCUCUUCAGGAUGGCCAAGCGGCAGAUAUUUCUGCACCUAGACUCUAAGAUUUUGCAGUUUGUGGGCAAUGCAAUUGGCAGAUGUAGGGUCACCUAUGUCCUGGCGACCAUUACCACCAGAUCAGAUGGGAAAUCCAAAGUUUACAUUUAUCACCAAGGACAGAUAGUUAAACUAUGCAAUGUUUUCAGCACAAAAUUCCCAGAUAUCUCCAUCACAGGUGGACUGUUCUUAGCAUCUUGUGCCAUUCUGGUGUUCCAUAUGGCAACGGGGUGCCCUGACAUCUGCACAUGCCAAACCUCUUCAAGGAUGGUUGACUGUAGCUACAGAGGACUUCUUGAAAUACCAAGCCAAUUGCCAUCACAAACACAAACACUCAAUUUGCAGGGGAACCAAAUACGUGUUAUAAACCACACAUCUUUCACAUAUCUUGCAAGCCUGAGGAUUUUAGACUUGUCUAAUAACUCUAUCUCAAGAGUGCCACCAUAUGCCUUCCACUUCCUUCGCUCGCUGCAAGUCUUGAACCUUACCAACAACCUCAUAUAUCAACUUGAAGGCCAAGUGUUCACACCUCUUAUGGCUCUAAGGGAACUGGAUUUGUCAUAUAAUAACCUCAGUACUUUACCAGAAUCUUUAGGAAAUAACACUCGGAACUUGACCUUCUUAGGAGCAAAGAAUAACCAACUACAAAAGGUUGACCGCAUGCUCCUGGAGUCCUUCACCAAUCUGAAAGUUUUGCUUGCACGGUCCAACCCCUGGCAAUGCAACUGCCCUGCUCUGGGCCUAAAGCUCUGGCUGGAGAAUUUUUUAUAUAAAGGAGGGAUUAUUGACGAGCUAAUUUGCAGUGGCCCUUCAAUACGAAAGGGAAAGGAUCUGCUGAAAAUCCCAUAUGAGAUGUUUAAGACUUGUACUCCACUGACUGCUCCACCACCCGUUAUGGCAAAUAUUCACUAUCACAGCCCUGAGCACCGCAGUAAUGGCAAAUUUGGCCACCACAAUGAUCAUGCAGAUGGCAGUCACCCUGAAUGUGAGCCAAAGCCCAAACCCCGUCCUGUGAGCUUGAGACAUGCCAUAGCCACCGUUGUCAUCACUGGGGUGGUGUGUGGGAUUGUAUGCCUAAUGAUGUUGGCAGCUGCCAUCUAUGGCUGUGCCUAUGCUGCUAUUACGGCAAAAUACCACAGGGAGCUUAAAGAAGUGGAACGCUUGGACCCUGAAGCAGAACAUGGCAGUCCGGAGGAAAAAGAGCCCCUUGAUGGCUCUUUGGCCUGA